GCUAUAAACACAAUAAGCAUUAACUCCAUUUAAAUAUUUUUGCUGCUAAGAUAUUUUUAAGAACUUAUGAGAUGUACAGUUGGAAACAUGGAUAAUCUGUAUGCAUAAAAGUAAAUAAUGGUUUUAAGUUGGUAUGCUCUGGCAGCCGUAGCAUGUGGAGUUCUACUGGGAUCAGCUUUUAUAGUGUUUAUUAUUGCCAAAUCCUGUUUUAGAAAACCAAAAAACUAUGAUACUUUGAUUCAAACAGAUGACGAAUUAGAAAAAGGUAAAACGCAGAACAAGGUUGAUUUUUCAAUGAGCUCAAGUAUAGAAAAUGUUAAUUACAUAACUGAAUCGAAUGCAGACUCAGCAACUUCAGAGGCGGAAAGUUAUGAAACGGUAUCAGCAUACGGAGAUUCUUUAAGUUUUCAAAAACAUCAACUUAAUGAAUCUAUUAACAUACAAAUAAUGUUCUUUUUAAACACCAAGCAUAAAAACAUUUACGUUGCAGGAAAAGUAGCUAAUGUAACAAAUUUAGUUAGCAACAUGCCAAAAGGACAAUACAAAGUUCAUAUUGUGUUGUUACCAAUAAAAAGAUAUAUUAUUAAAACAAAGUGGUAUGACGUCAAGAAAACUAUUGCAGUAAUAGAUGAAUAUUUCAAAUUCAUAUUUCAAACAAACCCAGAUUUGAAAAAAUCAACUUUGCGAGUUCGUGUUUACAGUCGACAUAACAAACACGCUUUUAAAUCAGAGUCUUGUGUAGGAGAGUGCUUUAUAAAGUUAAGUGAAAUUAAAGAAGAUAAAGCAUGCAUAUUAAGACGAGCAAUAAGUGUUAAUGAUUCCAAACCCGAUUACCAAUAAAAAUUUGCAUUAAAAAAGAGAUAAUACAAAUAUGGUUACACUGACACAAAUGGUAUCACGAUUAAUAUAGAUUUUACUAUAUUCGUUGUUACUACACAAGCGGGUACAGACGUCUGUGAGACGUUUAUACGACGUUGAACUGACGUCACAAGUUUUUAUAACAUCCUAUAGACGUCAAGCAGACGUUCUGUGGCCCCUGUGUAUUGACACAAAUAUUGUGACCGCUGACCUAGGUAUUGCGACAUUUGACACAAAUUUUUCUGACAACUAACGCAAUUAAUAUAUGAUUAGUUUAUUUUUAUAUGAAAAAAACAAUUAUAAUUUUGAUGAAAAAUUUUUCUUCCGAUGAAACAAAAAAUGUCAAGAAAGAAGUCCAAACUAGCUAACAAACAUAAUGACUAGCUUCACUGCUAGUUUUUGAUUUAACAAGUUUAGUCGCUAAAUUUCUAAUUUUUGAUUGACAAGUUUAGAGUUGCUUUAUUUUA